GUUCCACUUUGAACUAUUAACAACUAAUCAAUAUGAUCUCCAAGGUUGCUUGCAUCCUCGCCCUAGCGUCGGUGGUGGCUGGCCACGGUCACGCCUUCUCCUCGCAGCACAUCUCCAAGCACGACGGCCCCGCCGAGAAGGUGGCGGUGGGACACGGCCACGGCCACGAAGUGCACUAUGACUACUAUACUCAUCCCAAAUACGAGUUCGAAUACAAAGUAGAGGACCCUCACACCGGCGACCACAAGAGCCAGCAGGAGCACCGCGAUGGAGACGUCGUCAAGGGCUACUACGCCCUGCACGAGCCUGAUGGUUCAGUCAGGCACGUCGCCUACCACGCUGACAAGCACUCCGGAUUCCACGCCGAUGUGAAACACAGCACCCACCAUGUCGUCAUCUGCAUCGUUGCUUUCGCUUCCGUUGUGGCUGCGUACCACGGCCACGGGUUCUCUUCCCAGUAUAUCUCGAGACACGAUGGCCAUGCGCACCCUGUGGCCGUUCACGGACACGGACACGGACAUGAUCACGGACACGGCCACCACUAUGACUACUAUGCUUACCCGAAAUACGAGUUCGAAUACAAAGUAGAAGACCCGCACACCGGCGACCACAAGACCCAGCACGAGUCCCGCGACGGAGACGUCGUGAAGGGCUUCUACUCCCUGCACGAGCCUGAUGGUUCCAUCAGACACGUCCACUACCAUGGCGACAAGCACACUGGGUAA